AAUUGUGCAACAACACUGCUAGUUUCCUCAUCAGAUCGACGAAGAUGGCGUUCAAACUUUGGAUUAUCGCUCUUGCUUUUCUCUCAAGCUUUUGCUGUAUUUCAGCGACUUAUUGCAYCARAUACUCGWMUGACUGUGAUUCAAAUUCCGUAUGUUGUAGAAASCAAUGUGUUUAUGGCUCGUCGUGUACUGGUCRUUMCUGUUCGUACGACUCUGAUUGUUCUUCAGGGGAAACAUGCUGUAAUAAUGAAUGUUGGGACAGCUACAGCUGCUAUGGCCACAKUUGUGYGUUCSACUCYGACUGCUCGGRUAGUGAAGUUUGYUGUMAUGGUAUUUGUCAGUACAGCUGCUAUUGGAYARAUGCUGYAAUCAUAUCUGGUAUCGUCUUUAGCUCAAUCGUCUUCGUUGGUUUCAUCGUAGUCAUCGUAAUUUGUUGCCGAAGAAGACGAAGGCCCGUCGUCACAAACCAACCACAAAUAGUCGCUGGAGCCACAAGCCAUCCCACUUACUAUCCGCCACUCCAAGGACAACCCUACUACCAACUACCACCCCCACAGUACGGAGCUAUUCAUCCCCCACCUUACGAGGUUCGAGUAGUUGAUAGUGAAGUUCCAAAUGGCGUUGGCGGAGCGAAUUCUGCAAAAAAGAUUUGAACCUACACCUCAAAGACUAUAUUAAACAAUAUACUCGAAAAAAAAGAUAGAUGGCCGCUGUAUAGAUAAUUAGGUCCUACUUUAAUAGUUGAGAGAAUACUAUUAGGCUUGUUUUAACAUGACUUUAGUUUCUGUUAUGACACUGCUAUGGUCGAAGGAGAAACUUCUUUUAUAUAUCGCAAUCCCGAGAUUCUUUGCAAGCUCAAGACUGUGGACCAUAUGUGUCCUUGUGACGACAACGUUUUUUGAAAAAGGUCUAUAUAACCACCAUUACGGACUGCGCAAUAUUUAUCAGGAGGGGGAGGGGGGACAAAAUCUAAUUUUAUGUGCUUAAAUAGGUGGCCAACAUUUAAAAUUAACUAAAAUUUUACUUUGCGUAGUACUUAACGUUUUGGACCCUAACCCUAACCCCUACUGGUAAAUAUUGCGCAGUCCCUUAGUUUAGUUAGUUGUUGUGCAUCAUUUUGACCAGGACGAAGCUUGUCUUAUCCUAGAAAUAGURGUGAUAUACUUCAAUCAAAAACACAUUAUGUAAAUACAACAAAAAAAGAAUAAAUAAUUAAGAUGGAAUGUUGC